CUUUUGCUCAACAGGUCGUUGUCUUUCAGGCCAGCAGCAGCAUCCAAGCGGGCCGACCGCGAUGCUGCCUGCCUUGACGACAAAACCAAAGCAACCGAUUAAGCAGAUCCGAGGGCUCACGAACGACAGCAUCGAUUCGUAUGCCAACACGCCCGGCGGCGGCAGUACUAGCACCAACGCCGUGACCACCACGUACAACGAUCUCACAGAGACCAGUUCCACGACCACCACUGGCGGGAAAAAGCAAAAGUCCAAGGAGAACGACGACACCACGCCCGACGACGGAGACGGCAGUACAGUGAGCGUCGUGGCAAGGGCAUUACGAGACCGCAAGCCCAAGUCGGACGAAGAGCUGACGCUCAAGACGGGCGAUGUCCUCAAUGUAUACUCGACCAAGAAGACGGGGUAUCUCAAGUGCGAAUGCAACGGCAAGACGGGGUACGUGCCAGCGUCGUACGUUGAGUUUCUGGAUAAGGACACCACGGGGGAAGCGACGUCGUCGCCGCGAAAAGCGGGCAAGAAGAAGAAGUCCAAGAAGAAAAAGGGCAAAAGACACAGUGGAUCGUCCGACGACGACGACGACCCGGAUGUGACCGACGACGAGGAAGUCACGAGUCGGAAGAAACACCGCGACAAACCAAAGAAGCAGGACGAGGGCGACAUGAGCGAUGACAAAGGCGGCGGUGACGACAACGGUGACGACACGGGAAAGAAGGCGAAAAAGAAGCACCAUUCGGCCCACAAGUCGUCGAGGCAACGACGCAAGAAGCGGCACAGCAGUGACUCGAACAGCAGUGACGACGACACCAAGUCGGCACGUCGCAGGCACCGCCGUCGUCACCGAUCGUCACGACGCCGUCGAGGGGGUCAUGACGAUGACGACGAAGACUCGGACAGCCCCCGCAGCUCCGACGAUGACUCGGAGGAGGAUCGACGUCGACGUCGGCGGGCGGCUAAGAAGAAAAACGACGGGGGCAGCGACGACGACGACAGUGAUCGGGGAGGAGGGGGGAGCCCCAAAAAGAAGGUCUCCAAGGAAGGGGGAGGAGGGGCAAACAAGGGGGAGUCGUCGGAUCGACCGCAGGACAAAUCAGCCAAGGCCACAGCAUCCGCUGCAAUUGCCAAGAAGGAAUCUACCGACGACGACAACGAUACCGAACGUGGCCAGUCUCAAGGAGGGGGGGGAAGUGCGGCGACGGCAGCCGCAUCAUCGACGAAAGAUGCCAAGCAGGAGCAGCCCCCUUCGUCCGCGCGGCGUAAGGACAACGAAGUACGCGAGGAAAGCAGCACAAAAAACCUCACCACCACCGCGUCUGCCAGCAGUUCAAACGCCCCCAAGAGCACGAUCGGCAAGAUGCAGGACAAGAUGCGAUCCAUGUUGGGGAAAAAGGGAGAUGGCACGACGUCGACGAAGAAGUCGACACGGGCCAAGACACAAAGCAACGGCAUCUUGAACGCGUGUUCAGGCACGGUACAGGGCGAAGAAGGGUGGUACGAGCAUGGAGAGUGCGAGCGCUACUACUUUGUGCUGCUCGAGGGCAAGUGGAGUUUGCUGUACGGACCCAUGACAGACGACGACUUUGAACUGUUUUGCAGCAAGGUCGUCGAAUACGAUUUAAUGAUCGAACUGCCCGCGACGCAUUUGCACAAGAGCGGAUACUAUUUGGACAAAGACUUCAAAGUGCGGCACAUCAAGCCCUGACUGCAAUAUGCACUAUUAAUCCUAGUUAUUAUACACUAUCACGUUGUGUGCU